CGCUUUUCCACUGCAUGGUACGGCUCGGUUCGGCUCGUUACGGUUCAACUCGGCGCGGAACAGUUCGGCUCGCUUCGCUUUUCCACUGCUUGGUACGACUCGACUUGGUACGGCACGGUUUGGUUCGCUUUAGCUCGGUUGCAUUUCCACUGCAGUUAGUACCGCAUCAAAGUAGGUGGGACUGAUCGUUAAUAGUUGCCGCCUCUACUGUCAUGACAUCAUCCUAAAUGCGCCAUAUUUCAAAUGCGCAACACAGAAACAAUGGAGCCUAUCGAGGGGAUGGUGUUCUUGAUUCUCGGCAUGUGGAUGUUUUUAACUUCAAGACGGAGAAAUGUGUUUAAAAUGAGGCUGAUGGCAGCAAAACAAAUUACUGCAAAAAAAAACAAACGAGUCUGGGAACUCUUACAACGAAGCGAAGAUGACGACAUCACUCGAUUUGCCCGACGGCGCACGAGGAUGUAUCAUAUUUUGCAAAGUCGCCGUCACAGACCAUCUGUUUGGACAUUAAACAGAGCUUCUGAGUGGUGGGGUGUGAUUGUUCCUGGGUUUACAAACACGCAGUGGUUGGAGAACUUUAGAAUGUCGGAAGAAACGUUUAUUUACUUGUGCAACAAACUGCGUCCUGCGAUGGAGAGACGGGACGCAAACUUCCGCGUGUGUGUACCUCUAAAGAAGAGAGUAGCCAUUGCACUGUGGAAGCUUGCUACCGGCUCUGAGUACAGAAGUGUUGGACAUCUUUUUGGAGCAAGCAUUUCAACUGUGUGUCGGUGUGUUCAGGAGUUCUAUCAGGAGAGGUUUAAAGAAAUGGCUGCCUACAUUGAGAACAGAUGGGGACUUCCACAGUGUAUUGGUGCUAUUGAUGGAUCACACAUACCCAUAAUAGCACCACAAGACUAUCACUGUGACUAUUUCAACCGUAAAGGCUGGCACUCCAUCAUACUUCAAGGUGUUGUGGAUGGAAAGGGACUUUUCUGGAAUGUGUUCACAGGACUGCCUGGAAGCCUGCAUGAUGCUCGGGUUUUGAGACUGUCCACACUGGGAGGUGGCAAGCCGUGGAAACCACAUACCAGCUAG